AAGGCACCUCAAAAGACGAAGAAAAAACAAAGGGAGAUGCAAAAAAAGAUGAAGCAGCAGAAAAAGCUCCAAACACCUCUUUAAAGAGAAAAAGAAUUGAUGGGAAUGAACAAACAAAGUCUGUUCAAGAUUCAGGUACAGCUCCAUGUGAUUCAACAGAAGAAGAAUUGAAAAAUAAAAAGGAAGUCUCUGCAGCAACGUGUAGGGCUGUAGAAGGCGGCACUUAUGUUAGCGAGGACAACAAGGAAUUGAAUCAGUUACACUCUGGUGAAGGAGACAGUAACGUCACUGAGAUGAAAUUGACGCUUCCUCGUGGAUUUUCUGUUGACUCCAGGGACGCAACAGGCAGAACUCCGCUAAUGAAUGCUGCUUUGAAUGGCAACGUUCAAGUGGUGAAAAGUAUAAUGAAUAGGGGAGCAGACCCAUCUCUGAUGGACAACAGAGGAUGGAACACGUUACAUCUUGCCGCACAGAGCGGAGACACUCAUAUUCUAUCUCUAAUCCAUUCUCACCUGCCCAACAUUGAGUCAAAAACAGGCGAGGGUUACACGCCACUAAUGGUGGCGGCUACCCAUGGCAAAUUACAUGCAGUGAAAUGGUUUCUUGAGAAGGGGGCAAAUGUAGCCUGUGAAUGCAACAGAGGAGGGAACACGUUACAUUAUGCCGCACAGGGCGGAGACACUGAUGUUAUAUCUCUAAUCCAUACUCACCUGCCCAACAUUGAGUCAAAAACAGGCGAAGGUUACACGCCACUAAUGGUGGUGGCUCUCACUGGCAAAUUACAUGCAGUGAAAUGGUUUCUUGAGAAGGGGGCAACUGUAGCCGGUGUAUGCAACAGAGGAUGGAACACGUUACAUCUUGCCGCACAGGGCGGAGACACUGAUGUUAUAUCUCUAAUCCAUACUCACCUGCCCAACAUUGAGUCAAAAACAGGCGAGGGUUACACGCCACUAAUGGUGGCGGCUUUCACUGGCAAAUUACAUGCAGUGAAAUGGUUUCUUGAGAAGGGGGCAAAUGUAGCCUGUGAAGACAACACAGGAUGGAACACGUUACAUUUUGCCGCACAGGGCGGAGACACUUAUAUUAUAUCUCUAAUCCAUACUUUCCUGCCCAACAUUGAGUCAAAAACAGGCGAGGGUUACACGCCACUAAUGUUGGCGGCUUUCUCUGUCAAAUUACAUGCCGUGAAAUGGUUUCUUGAGAAGGGGGCAAAUGUAGCCUGUGAAGACAACACAGGAUGGAACACGUUACAUCAUGCCGCACAGAGCGGAGACACUGAUAUUAUAUCUCUAAUCCAUACUCACCUGCCCAACAUUGAGUCAAAAACAGGCGAUGGUUACACGCCACUAAUGGUGGCGGCUCUCACUGGCAAAUUACAUGCAGUGAAAUGGUUUCUUGAGAAGGGGGCAACUGUAGCCGGUGUAUGCAACAGAGGAUGGAACACGUUACAUCUUGCCGCACAGGGCGGAGACACUGAUGUUAUAUCUCUAAUCCAUACUCACCUGCCCAACAUUGAGUCAAAAACAGGCGAGGGUUACACGCCACUAAUGGUGGCGGCUUUUCGUGGCAAAUUACAUGCAGUGAAAUGGUUUCUUGAGAAGGGGGCAACUGUAGCCUGUGAAAGCAACAGAGGACGGAACACGUUACAUUGUGCCGCACAGGGCGGAGACACUGAUAUUAUAUCUCUAAUCCAUACUCACCUGCCCAACAUUGAGUCAAAAACAGGCGAUGGUCACACGCCACUAAUGGUGGCGGUUUUCGCUGGCAAAUUACAUGCAGUGAAAUGGUUUCUUGAGAAGGGGGCAACUGUAGCCUGGAACGUGUUAAAUCUUGCCGCAUUUUGCAGUGACCCUGACAUCAUUGAUCUUAUCCUUACUCACCUGAGUCACGUGCCUUGAAGUGAGUCAACAACGGGCAAUGAUUAACUCAGAUUGCAGAUUGCGUGGUGUUGUCAAUAGUUGAUGUUCUCGUGUGGCUUGUACUAUACAGGAAAAACUGUCAGUGUUGGAGAUUUUUGAAAAUGAACACACUCUGAUCACCGCCUGAAGUGUAUGUCUGUACGAUAUUGCCGGUGAUUUUAUUUCUACGUAGUUAAACUUUUUAAAAAUUGAUAUGAUGUUAUGUAUAUUUCACAACUACGAGGUUGGUUUUUUUACUAGAAGGCAUUAAUUUCGAAGACAGAAGUAAAGAUUUCUGCAAUGUUACCGGCCUCUUUAUUUUUUCCUUAUUUUAAGACGUUUUGAAAUUAAUAUGACUAUGUAUAUUUUUCAAAAGUAAAUGGGUGUUCUUUUACCAUAUAACAUUUUUGUAUUAAAAAACACUCAAUUGUAAUAUUAUAGCUGUGAAGUUUUAUGCAAAAGUUGGAAAUAUGAACGUUGAACAGGUGUAUGAACAAGUUUAUAUCCCAAACUAAGAAUGCGUUUUGAUAACAUUUGUACCAAGCUAAUGUCGAGGUUUUAAAUACUAUUUUAUAUAAUAGUAAAUAGCUUUUACAUUUCACGCGAUGUACAGAAUAUCUCAUUUUUCGAGGAAAUUUGUUAAUAGAAUACAUGAAGAAAUUUCUGCAUUCUGAUUGGUUGCAGUACAGUUUUCAGGCAACACCAAUGCAGAAGAGAGCUAAUGCAGUGCAGAACAUCGUUAAUUCAGUGAAAAAACGAUAACGAACUGUUUAAUCGCUUAAAAAAGAAAGGCACGUCGAAAAAUUUCCCCUUUUACUAAACACGUUGAUUUGACCUAACGCACAAUGACGUUUGCAAGGUUUGGAUGAAUCAUUUUGUACGUGUUUUAACCCUCUUUGUUUCUGCGUUAUCAGGUGAAGCUAUAUCGAAAAUUAGAUCAUUUAUAAAUGAAUUAGAAGUGACAUGAUUUUUCUUAAGCAAUUAGAAAUGAGUAAGCACUCGUAAUUUUUAAAAAGACUUCAAAUUGCAACUCCAAUCGUAACAAAUUUUUAGUUAACCUUUGUAAGCGAGGUUAUAACAUUAGUCAAUAAAUUUUUAUA